AUGAAAAUGGGCCAAAAAUUCAGAGUCCGUUAUCCACAAUCCAAGGAGGAGUUCAGACCCUCACAUGGAGACCUUCUUCUCAGAGACACCAUCCAGGGCUUCAAGAGCAUUUCACCAGUGUUACAUCUGAUUGAGCUGCAGACACAGAGCAAGGUCAUCACCCAUGCAGGCUGCAUCACCCAGAUGUUCUUUUUCCUACUGUUUAUAGUGUUGGAUGACUUCCUCCUGACUGUGAUGGCCUAUGACCGGUAUGUGGCCAUCUGUCACCCCCUGCACUACACAGUCAUCAUGCACCCCUGGCUCUGUGUGGUGCUGGUUCUGGUGUCCUGGGUCACAAGUGUCUUAUAUUCCUUGUUACAGAGUUUAAUAGUGUCAAGCCUGUCCUUCCGUACACACACCCAAAUCCCCCACUUUUUCUGUGAAUUUAAUCAUGUAGUCCACCUUACCUCUUCUGACACCUUUAUUAGUGACAUUGUCAUGUAUUUUGGAUCCAUACUGCUGGCUGGUGGUCCCUUUGCUGGGAUCCUUUACUCUUACUAUAAGAUAGCUUCCACCAUACGUAAAAUCUCAUCUACACAGGGGAAGUACAAAGCAUUUUCCACCUGUGUCUCUCACCUUUCAGUUGUCUCCUUAUUAUAUGGUACGAGUGUAGGAGUGUACCUCAGUAAGGCUGAUAGUCAAAAUUCACACUCAAGUGCAGCAGCCUCGGUGAUGUACACUGUGGUC